AUGUAUAACGAAAAGUAUGCACUGGAUUUUCCCAAUUCAAACUACUUGUCCAAUUUGAACAAUCUUAAUGGAACAAAUCAAAAUAUACAAUUGAACAGGUUACCCACUUUAGGAGAAAUUCUAGCCAACAAGUCCAAAUCACCGGUUGACCUAUUCACUUUUUACCAAUUUAUGCAGGAUGUUGAAGGAAGGGUGGAUUAUUUGGAUUUUUGGUUUGAUUUAAUUAACCACUUAAACUUGUGUAAGCAUUAUGUCAAGGGUUUAAGAGAUUCCAUCGUGCGUCAAUCAUCACAUUUCCAAUCUAGUUCUCAACGUCAAUCACAACCAAUACGUGAUGAUACGAGUGUUGCCUCUGGUUCCAAUCACCAGGCACAACGUAAUAGUUCAUCAUCGCACCCAAAUUCAUCAACUACCCCAACCAGAGGUGCAUUUCAAUUCCGUAACUCAAACCCAAUUUCAGAAAAAUCGACCAAACACAAGUCUUUGAGUUCAUCGAUCUUGCUUGAUUUGAUUAUUAAUGAUAACAUUCUUGAAGAAAAUGAUUCACAUAGAUUAUCAGCGUUUUUAAGAGGUGAUAUAAAUUUGGAUAAUCUAGAUCCAAAAUUGAAAGAUCUCAUUGAGCAAUACAAUGCAGAGAUUGAAGCUAAUGAAAAUGCCAAUAGAGGUGCUGCUCCAUCUUCACAAAACCCGAAUUCUCCUGGCUACUCCGGUGGGAUGGGGAGAUCAUCACCAAGUUUUUUAUCAAACUCAAGAUUAUCUGGUUCAUCAUUCCACCCACCAAAUCAUCCUCAAGAACCAAAAAGAGUUAGUUCACAUUCUGGAUUGUUGCAUGAUGAUGAUGAUGAUAGUAUUGAUCAUUUCCCUCAUUCCAAUGACUCGUCUUACGAAAACCAAUUAGAUAUUGGACAAGCUGACCAAGCUGUGAAUGCAUCACAAUAUGUGUCUUUACAAUCGGGUCGCAAAUCAGACACCAGUGUUGACAAGUUGAAGCAUGAUUACCCUCAACCUCAAAGCCCUUAUGCGAGACAAUUCAACAACAGCAACAGCCAACGUCAUUCAAACAAACGUGAGUCUACUGUUAACCCAUCACUUUUGGAGAGAUUAAUUAGAGAUUCACCUGCUACAUCUCAUGGAUCUUUUAUCACUAGAGAAAAUUUACGAGAAUCGUCACAUAAUUUAUUAUUGAAAUAUUUUGUUGAAGAUUCAGAAAAGAAUUUAAAUUUACCACCACAAGUAAACUCCUACAUCAUCAAACUGAUUGAAGUAGAUGGGCGUGAUGAUCCUGAUGUUUUCAACUAUGUAAAGCACUAUGUGUUUAACCGAUUAGAAAAUGAUCAUUUACCUAAAUUUCUUGAUUUUAUGGCCACUAGAAAUAUCAAUCAUUCCAAUUUUGGAAGAAUUAUUGCUGGGUUUUUCUUUUUAUUCAUUGCCUUUUGGGUAAGUUUCAUAUUGGUAUUCCUAAAUUAUCGAAAGGGAUUAAGACCUGUGAUUGUUUUACCUUUUUUAUUGGCUUUUUAUUUAAUCAUAUCAUCCAUUUACCUAAUUGAUCCAGUUAUGGCUUGGUUUGGAAUACUGGAAACUUUUUCAAAAAAAAAUGGACAAUCUUUGAUCAGGGUUAGAGAAAAGUUUGUUUAUAAUUUCAUCUUGAAGAGAAGUUUAUGGGUAUUGUUUGUAAUUUUGGUGUUUACCACUAUUAUGACAAUCUUGUUUAGUUUAGUUCCUGGUCAUAGGUUAUAG